CGCACAUGCGUACGAGGGUCGCGGCGUGUGUAUAGUCCCGGGCAAGACGAAAUCACCCGGCUCGCAGCAAUGGCUAGUGACUUUUACUUACGCUAUUAUGUAGGACAUAAAGGAAAAUUCGGUCACGAGUUUCUGGAGUUUGAGUUCCGACCGGAUGGGAAGCUGAGAUACGCCAACAACAGUAACUACAAGAAUGACGUGAUGAUCAGAAAAGAGGCGUACGUGCACAAAAGCGUGAUGGAGGAGUUGAAGAGGAUUAUUGACGACAGUGAAGUAACAAAGGAAGAUGAUGCUCUCUGGCCACCACCAGACAGAGUAGGAAGACAGGAGCUGGAGAUCGUCAUUGGAGAUGAACACAUCUCAUUCACAACCUCAAAGAUUGGAUCCCUGAUUGAUGUUAACCAGUCGAAGGAUCCAGAAGGCCUCCGUGUUUUUUACUACCUGGUUCAAGACCUGAAGUGCCUGGUUUUCAGUCUCAUCGGUUUACACUUCAAGAUCAAGCCCAUUUAAGUUUAAAUAUUGUUAUCAGGUGCAAGUUAAUUUUUUCAUUUGAUCACUUUUCAACAUUUUUAUAUAUUUUUUGUUUUAAAUAAAAUACUGAAAUGAAA